GACUGAGACUGAGACUGAGACUGAGAGUCUGUAACUAACAAUAAUUCACUUUUUUACAUCUGCCUCACUUUGGAAAUAUUCGUAUUUAAUCAGGAUGGACAUGAUUUCAGGAAUGCAGAAGAUGUCAGUGGGGCAGCCGCCAGCGGGAAGGGGUGCGGUGUGUCUGACAUGUAAAGGGAUCUGCUCUGGAUUCCAGCCACAUUCCUGGAGAAAAGCGUGUACGCUGUGCCACUGCAGUCAGGAAGAUCACCUCAGCUCAGAUGUCGAUGAUGACCAUAAAAUGGGCCAUCUGCUGGCAGACUCCAAACACGCCCAUCUGACGGCCAAGGUGAAAGGAGGAGAUGGUCUGAGGAUCUACAAACGCAACCGCAUGAUCGUCACCAAUCCUGUAGUGUCCCGCAAAGACCCCACCUUCAACACCAUCACUUAUGACUGGGCACCAGCUGGCCUGACUCAAAAACUGGCUAUGCAGUACAUUGAGCUUCUUCCGGAGGAAAUGCAGCCUGUAGCGGGCACGGAGGGGGCAUUGUAUCGCCGCAGGCAGCUGAUGAAGCAGCUUCCCGCUUAUGAUCAUGACCCGUCCAAGUGCCACAGCCUGUCUGAGGCUGAGGUCAAAGCCAUGACUCAGUUUGUGAAAAGCUUCAAGGAGGAUGCAAUGGGGGUAGGUGAGGUAGCCCUGCCUGGAGAAGGAGGAAAGACUGGAGACAAAGAUGAUGCAGGAAAACAGAAGAGUGAGAAAGAUCAAGCAAACCCAGAACCCACCACGAAUGGGACGCUGGACGAGCAUUGCAAAAAGAAUGAAUAUCAUUGCAGUAGAUGUGGCCAGCUGGCAGCUCUGGACAGUCUGGUGGUUUAUGCAGAGAGAGCAGGAUAUGACCGGCUCUGGCAUCCUACCUGCUUUGUGUGUGCCGAAUGUGGUGAGACGCUGGUGGAUCUCGUCUACUUCUGGAAGAAAGAGACUCUGCUUUGUGGACGGCACUACUGCCAGAGCCUGAGACAACGCUGUGCAGGCUGUGAUGAGCUGAUCUUCUCUGAGACGUUCCAUAAGCACGCGAAUGGGCAGGUCUGGCAUAAGGAGCAUUUCUGCUGCUGGCAGUGUGGUCAGAGCCUCAACGUUCAGUGUGGCUGCACCAAUCCGAGUCAAUCCAGAAAAAGUCAACACUGAAUCCACCCACUCAACACAGUGAAUCUGCUCGGACUGACUUGCGUGAAUCCUCAGAAGCUGGAUGGCAUCAGUGUUAUCUUUGUUUGAUCUAUGGUCUGGAUUAUUGUGGGUGUCUGUAGAUGUUGAGGAGAUGACUUCAUAUUAUUUGGUUUAGAUAGUUGAGGCCGUUCUUUUUAAUUGAAUAGAAUGAACGAUCGUGUUUCCCAAAGCCUCUGCAUUUUCUGACACAGUUGUGAAUUGAAUGAUCCACGCCCGGCUGUUAGAGAAAAACCAUGCUGCACUUACGCGUCACUCCAUGAUAUAAUGCGCUCACGAGCCUGACUUGGCUGAGGGGAGGGGAUGCGGUGAUUAGGGUGGGCCAUUAGCGCUGGGACCCUUGUGCAUUAUGUUAAAGCACAUUAGAACUUUUGGAUGAGUCAGAUGUGGGUGUUGUUU